CUUUGCUCCAAGUUGCCAGACUCCCUGUCCGGGCUGGUGUAGGGACCGCCGGCAGCCACACCAACUGGACGGACCUGGGCACUAACGGAGGGGCUGGAGGGGAACCAGUCCAGGACCCACACCGGCAGGGAUGGAGUGGGCCUCUGGGGAACAAGGGAGGGGCCGCCUGGGACCUUGGGCACCCUGGGAGCUUCGCCUGGGCCUGCUGCUGUGUGUGCUGGCUUCCACCCUGGCUCAGGCCCCAGCCCUGGUCCCAGAUAUGCCUGGCUGUUCUCAAGGAAGCUGCUACCCAGCUACCGGUGACCUGCUGGUGGGCCGUGCUGACCGACUGACAGCCUCAUCCACCUGUGGCCUGCAUGGCCCCCAGCCCUACUGCAUUGUCAGUCACCUGCAGGAUGAAAAGAAGUGUUUCCUGUGUGACUCCCGGCGCCCCUUCUCUCGAGACAACCCGCAUAGCCAUCGCAUCCAGAAUGUAGUCACCAGCUUUGCGCCACAGCGGCGGACAGCCUGGUGGCAGUCAGAGAAUGGUAUCUCCAUGGUCUCCAUCCAGCUGGACCUGGAGGCUGAGUUCCAUUUCACACACCUGAUUAUGACCUUCAAGACAUUCCGCCCUGCUGCCAUGCUGGUGGAGCGCUCAACCGACUUCGGCCGCACCUGGCGUGUGUACCGAUACUUCUCCUAUGACUGUGGGGCUGACUUCCCGGGAGUCCCACUAGCCCCACCACGGCAUUGGGAUGAUGUGGUGUGUGAGUCCCGCUAUUCAGAAAUUGAGCCGUCCACUGAAGGCGAGGUCAUUUAUCGUGUGCUGGAUCCUGCUAUCCCCAUCCCAGACCCAUAUAGCUCUCGGGUUCAGAACUUACUGAAGAUUACCAACCUGCGGGUGAACCUCACUCGUCUACACACACUGGGGGACAACCUACUCGACCCACGGCGGGAAAUUCGAGAGAAAUACUAUUAUGCCCUGUAUGAGCUGGUUGUGCGCGGCAACUGCUUCUGCUAUGGACACGCCUCCGAGUGUGCACCUGCACCAGGGGCACCAGCCCAUGUGGAGGGCAUGGUGCACGGGGCCUGCGUCUGCAAACACAACACUCGUGGCCUCAACUGUGAGCGGUGUCAGGAUUUCUAUCAUGACCUGCCCUGGCGUCCGGCAGAGGAUGGCCACAGUCAUGUUUGUAGGAAGUGUGAGUGCCAUGGGCACGCCCACAAAUGCCACUUUGAUAUGGCUAUAUACCUGGCAUCUGGCAACAUGAGUGGAGGAGUGUGUGAUGGAUGUCAGCACAACACAGCUGGGCACCACUGCGAACUCUGCCGGCCCUUCUUCUAUCGGGACCCAACCAAGGAUCUGCGGGACCCAGCCGUGUGCCGCCCCUGUGAUUGUGACCCUAUGGGUUCUCAAGAGGGUGGUCGCUGUGACUCCCAUGAUGACCCUGCACUGGGACUGGUUUCUGGCCAGUGUCGCUGCAAAGAACAUGUGAUGGGCCCUCGCUGUCAGCGAUGCCGGGAUGGCUUCUUUGGGCUCAGUACCAGUGACCCUCAAGGCUGCCAGCGUUGUCAGUGUAAUGCACGGGGCACAGUGCCGGGAUCCACCCCCUGUGACCCCAACAGUGGAUCCUGUUUCUGCAAACGGCUAGUGACUGGACGUGGCUGUGAUCGCUGUCUGCCUGGCCACUGGGGCCUCAGCCAUGACCUGCUCGGCUGCCGACCCUGUGACUGCGAUGUGGGCGGUGCCCUGGACCCCCAAUGUGACGAGGCCACGGGUCAGUGCCGCUGCCGCCCACACAUGAUUGGGCGACGUUGUGAGCAGGUGCAGCCUGGCUACUUCCGGCCCUUUCUAGAUCACCUGGCUUGGGAGGCUGAGGAUAUCCGAGGGCAGGUUGAUGUGGUGGAGCGCCUGGUAACUACCCAGGAGACUCCAUCCUGGACCGGCUCAGGCUUUGUGCGGCUUCGAGAAGGCCAGACGCUGGAGUUUGUGGUGACCUCUGUGCCGAAGGCCAUGGACUAUGACCUGCUGCUACGCUUGGAGCCCCAGGUUCCACAGCAGUGGGCAGAGAUGGAAGUGACCGUGCAGCGUCCAGGGCCUGUGUCUGCCCAAAGCAUGUGCGGGCAUGUGCUGCCCAGAGACGAUCACAUAAAAGGGAUGCUGCAACCAGACGCCAGAUACCUGAUGUUCUCCAGUCCCAUCUGCCUUGAGCCUGGCAUUUCCUACAAGCUGCUUCUGAAGCUGGUGCGGACAGGAAGCAGUGCCCAGCCUGAGACCCCCUACUCAGGCCUGCUGAUUGACUCGCUGGUGCUGCUGCCUCGCGUCCUAGUGCUAGAGAUGUUUAGUGGGGGUGACGCUGCUGCCCUGGAGCGCCGGGCCACUUUUGAACGCUACCGCUGCCAUGAGGAGGGCUUGAUGCUCAGCAAGAGCCGCCCCUCUGAGGCCUGUAGCCCCCUCCUCAUCAGUCUGUCCUCCCUGAUCUACAAUGGUGCUCUGCCCUGUCAGUGUGAUCCUCAAGGUUCACUGAGUUCAGAGUGCAACCCACAUGGCGGCCAGUGUCUGUGCAAACCUGGAGUGGCUGGGCGCCGCUGCGACCACUGUGCCCCCGGCUACUAUGGCUUUGGCCCCUCUGGGUGUCAAGCAUGUCAGUGCAGCCCCGAGGGAGCUCUCAGAGGCCUGUGUGAAGGAACCAGUGGGCAAUGUCCCUGCCGGACUGGUGCAUUUGGACUUCGCUGUGACCGUUGCCAGCGUGGCCAGUGGGGAUUCCCUAGUUGCCGGCCGUGUGUCUGCAAUGGGCAUGCAGAUGAAUGCGACACUCACACAGGAGCUUGCCUGGGUUGCCGAGAUCACACGGGGGGUGACCACUGUGAAAGGUGCAUGGCUGGCUUCCACGGGGAUCCCCGGCUCCCCUAUGGGGGCCAGUGCCGGCCCUGUCCUUGCCCUGAAGGCCCUGGAAGCCAACGGCACUUUGCUACUUCUUGCCACCGUGACGGGCACUCCCAACAGAUCAGGUGCCACUGCCAGGCUGGGUACACAGGACCGCGGUGUGAUGCUUGUGCCCCUGGGCACUUUGGUGACCCAUCGAGGCCUGGUGGCCAGUGCCAGCCAUGUGAAUGCAGCGGAAACAUUGACCCCACGGAUCCUGAGGCCUGUGACCCACGCACGGGGCAGUGCCUGCGCUGUUUACACCACACAGAGGGGCCACAUUGUGCCCACUGCAAACCUGGCUUCCACGGGCAGGCUGCCCGGCAGAGCUGUCGCCGCUGCACCUGCAAUUUGCUGGGCACAGAUCCCCGGCAGUGUCCGUCCACUGACCAGUGUUACUGUGACCCAAACACUGGGCAGUGCCCAUGCCUCCCCAACGUCCAGGGCCCUAGCUGCGACCGCUGUGCCCCCAACUUUUGGAACCUUACCAGCGGCCAUGGCUGCCAACCUUGUGCCUGCCACUUAAGCCGGGCCAGAGGUCCUACCUGUAAUGAGUUUACAGGGCAGUGCCACUGCCUUCCUGGCUUUGGUGGGCGGACCUGUUCAGAGUGCCAAGAGCUUCACUGGGGAGAUCCCGGGCUGCAGUGUCGUGCUUGCGAUUGCGACCCUCGGGGAAUAGAUACGCCUCAGUGUCACCGCUCCACCGGCCACUGCAGCUGCCGCCCUGGCGUGUCUGGUGUGCGCUGUGACCAGUGUGCCCGUGGCUUCUCGGGUGUCUUUCCUGCCUGUUACCCCUGCCACGCAUGCUUCGGGGACUGGGACCGUGUAGUACAGGACCUGGCUGCUCGCACACGGCGGCUGCAGCAGCGGGCCCAGGAGCUACAGCAAACGGGUGUGCUGGGUGCCUUUGAGAGCAGCUUCUUGGACCUGCAGGAGAAGCUGGACACCGUGAAGACUAUUGUGGGUGCCCGCAAUGCCUCAGCUGCUUCUGCUGCACAACUUGUGGAGGCCACGGAAGAGCUACGGCGUGAAAUUGGGGAGGCCACUGAACACCUUACUCGGCUGGAGGCAGAGCUGACUGACGUGCAGGAUGAGAACUUCAAUGCUAAUCAUGCCCUGAGCGGUCUGGAGCGCGAUGGGCUUGCUUUGAAUCUCACUCUGCGGCAGCUUGACCAGCAUCUGGACCUGCUCAAACACUCAAACUUCCUGGGUGCUUAUGACAGCAUCCGCCAAGCCUAUGGCCAGUCUGCUGAGGCAGAGCGUCGUGCCAAUGCCUCGGCCCUGUUAGUGCCCAGUCCCGUGAGCAACUCGGCAGAUACCCGGCGAAGGACAGAAACACUGAUGGCAGCCCAGAGGGAAGACUUCAAUCGGAAAUACCUGGCUAACCAGCAAGCCCUGGGCGAGCUCUCUUCUCGCGCCCAGGCCCUGAGCCUAACCAGACUCAAUGAACUGGUGUGCGGAGCCCCCGGGGAUGCUCCCUGUUCUACAAGCCCCUGCGGGGGUGCAGGCUGUCGGGACGAGGAGGGGCAGCCCCGCUGUGGGGGCCUCGGCUGCAGUGGGGCAGCAGCCACGGCUGACUUGGCACUGAGCCGGGCCCGGCACACCCAAGCUGAGCUGCAGCGUGCACUGGUGGCAGGCGGUGGCAUUCUUAGCCAGGUGGCUGAGACCCGUCGGCAAGCUGGCGAGGCACAGCAGCGGGCCCAGGAAGCCCUGGACAAGGCUAAUGCCUCCAGGGGACGGGUGGAGCAAGCCAACCAGGAACUUCGAGAACUCAUCCAGAGUGUCAAGGACUUCCUCAGCCAGGAGGGGGCUGAUCCUGAUAGCAUUGAGAUGGUGGCCACACGGGUGCUGGAGCUCUCCAUCCCAGCUUCACCUGAGCAGAUCCAGCACCUGGCAGGUGCCAUCGCCGAGCGAGUCCGGAGCCUGGCAGAUGUGGACACGAUCCUGGCACGCACCAUGGGCGAUGUGCGUCGGGCUGAGCAACUACUGCAGGAUGCACAGCGGGCACGGAGCCGGGCUGAGAGUGAGAAACAGAAGGCUGAGACAGUGCAAGCGGCACUGGAGGAGGCUCAGCGGGCGCAGGGUGUUGCCCAGGGAGCCAUCCGGGGGGCAGUGGCUGACACACAGGACACACAGCAGACUCUGCACCAGGUACAAGAGAAGAUGGCAGGUACAGAGCAGGCAUUGAACUCUGCCGGUGAGCGGGCUCAGCAACUGGAUGCCCUGUUGGAGGCUCUGAAACUGAAAAGGGCAGGAAACAGCCUCGCUGCCUCGACAGCCGAAGAAACAGCUGGCAGUGCCCAGGGCCGGGCUCGGGAGGCUGAGCAGCUGCUGCAGGGCCCACUGGGUGACCAGUACCAGACAGUGAAGGCCCUGGCAGAGCGCAAGGCAGAGGGUGUGCUGGCCGCUCAGGCAAGGGCACAGCAACUACGGGACGAGGCCCAAGGCCUGCUGCAGGCUGCUCAGGACAAGCUGCAGCGGCUACAGGAACUGGAGGGAACCUACGAAGAGAACGAGCGGGCACUGGAGGGCAAGGCGGCCCAGCUAGAUGGGCUGGAAGCCAGAAUGCGCAGCGUGCUUCAAGCCAUCAACCUGCAGGUCCAGAUCUACAACACGUGCCAGUGACCCCUGUCCCCCACUCCACACACCUGUCUGCUCAUGCAUUACCCAAGAGCUCUCAUCUUGGCAGACCUUGGAAUAAACCAGUGUGAACCCCCA